AACGUACCCACUCUGCACACGAGUGACGUCUGAGGAGCCCCUUUAGCGUCAUGGGCGUAAACAGCGCGUUAUCUCCUGUUUGUCGUGUCCAGAUUGCUCUUUCAGGCUGCUUCUCUACCCUUGUGAUCGAUCUUCUGCAGAUCUAUAUAAGCCAUGGCUUUACCCCACUCGCGUCCACUUUGGUCGUAUAAGUUGCCCAGCUUCCAACGUGUCUCGAACUGCUUCAUUCUGCUUCUUCUAUGAACAGCUUUACACUCCCCCCUCCUUCAGCACAGACGCAAAUAUGAACAACAUGUCAGGUCUCGCCAACACCCUGACUGCGUCAGGCGGCACCGAAUCUGCAGGCUUUCUGAACGACAUCGUGGAGCAGCUAUGGCCCAACAUCAACGUGGCCGGCUGCAAAAUGGUGAAAGACAUUGUUGAGCCUAUCCUGGCUUCCACGCUCCCAGGGCCAUUGAAGAACCUGCGAUUCACGAAGCUGGACCUUGGCCCUGUACCCCUGCGACUAGGUGCGGUUGAUGUACACAAGACCACCAUGGGGGGCAUCAAGCUGGAUAUGGACGUUGUCUGGGAAAGCAAGAGCGAUAUCGAGCUAGACGGCAGCAUGGUCCCCAAGAUCGGCAUCGAGCACGUGUAUCUCAAGGGAAGAUUAUCGAUCUUGCUCGCUCCAUUGACAAACAUCAUCCCGCUCAUUGGUGCUGCACAAGUCGCAUUCAUCAACCCUCCAGAGCUGUCACUCGACUUCACCGAUGCCGCCAAUGUUGCGGACCUGGGCAUCGUUUCGGGGACCAUACGCAAGACCAUUCUCAGCAUCAUUGGUGGCAUGGUCGUUCUGCCAAACCGCUUUCUUGUCAAGCUCGACAACUCAAAUGAUUACUUCAAGACAUAUCAACCUCACCUUGGUGUUGUACGACUCACUAUCGAGCGAGCAAUUGGCGUCUCAGGCCCUAAGAAAACCGGUGCAAAGCGUCUUCUAGCUAAACUUGUCAAGGACGUACCUGACUGCUACGCCAAGAUCAGCGUCGGCGCAGAGGAAGAAUGGCGUACCUCAACGAAGAAGAACGACCACGAUCCCGAAUGGAACGAGACCCACGACUUCCUAGUCACAGACUUCGAGCAGAAUAUCACCGUCAAUAUCCAAGAUGACGAUGUUGGUGCUGACGAUGACAUCGGUAUUGGCUCCAUCUCCAUCAAGGAGAUCCUGCUUGGUGGCGGCUCCAAAGAAAUUGCACUUGCUCACAAGGGCGAGCACACCGAUGCCCGUGUAACAAUGCACGCCCAAUUUUUUAACUUCGUCAGCGAACCACAAGCUCUUUCCGCAUUGCAAAGUCAAGGCAAAGGUCAGCUCUGUGGCCUCGCCACGGUCCUCGUUGCCAGCGCACUCGGCCUCCAGGGCCAGCGCGAUGAACUGCAGCCCAGCGUCAAAGUCUCAUGGGGCGGCAAGGAGUUUCGUACCGCGAUAAAGACGUACACUCCUGGCAUAGACAUCUUCAACCCCAGCUUUGAUCAGGCAUUCAGAAUCCCAAUCACAGCGGAUGUGCUCAACAGUGGCGAGUCGUUCAAGGUUAGCUUGCUGAACAAGGAGGCUGAGACAGGUUCGGUGGAGAUCCCAUUCGUGGACGUGCGAAAUGGGCAGGAUCUGACUGUCACUGAUGCGUAUGAUGUUGGUAGUGGAGCGACGAUCAGGGUUGCGAUCAGCUUGAGGGGGCUGCAGUUGGCGCAGUAGAUUGCAGAACCUGCAUAAACGAAUAUCUGAUGACUAUGAAAUAUUCACGACCGCAAGAAAUGCUGACUCCGUACUGAAAGCUGAGCCUGCAGCCGCCAACUGUCAGAUCUGUCUUAUCAUCCGCAGUGGAGCCAAAAGCAUGUCAUCAGGUUUUCCUCGUCGAGACAGUCAGCUCUACCAGUCGAACGGCUCGUUCCAACAUUACUGAACCACAGACUUGCAUAUCUCCUAUUAGAAUUACGGAUGAUUUGGUAAGGCGGUCACACGCGUUGUGAUCUACGGGCUUUACAGUGGCAAGGGGCUUAGAGCAUGGUAUGGUAAUAACAAAACUGACCUUAGUACGACUGUAAUCGAUGGACUAGGUAUGAUCUGCACAGUCUAUGGCUUCGAGACCAUCGUUAUUGCUAGACUCGUGUAUUUGACACGUCAAGAUUACC